AUGCCUCGCCCUAAUCUUACGCGCCCCCGGCGGCCUUGGUGCAUCGCCAUUUCCAUUGCCAUUGCCCUAGUGAUCAUUAUUGUCAUUGUUGUCCCCUGUGCAGUCAUAUUGACUCGCAAGCAUGGUGGUGAAAAGACGAAUGUUCUGUUCCCACUAUACAUCUACCCCACCAAUGACAGUACAUGGGAUCCUUUAUAUGAAUCGGUCACGGCGCACCCGGACCUGAACUUCACGGUCAUCAUCAAUCCGUCGAGCGGACCCGGCUCCAGUGCGUAUCCCUCGGAGGAGUAUACCUCCUCAGUGGAACGACUUAGCACAUAUUCCAAUGUACGCAAGGUUGGAUAUGUGCGCACGGCUUAUGCCACGCGCAACAUCACCGAUGUGCUGGAUGAUGUCGCCACUUAUGCCGGGUGGGCGAAUCGAUCGCUGACACUAGCGAUGGAUGGGAUUUUCUUUGACGAAGCUCCCUAUGACUACUCGGCAACAAAGGUUGAGUACAUGCAGACGAUCAGCGAGGCCGUCAAGAGUUCUUCGGGAUUGGGCCGAGAUCGCAUGGUGAUCCACAAUCCCGGUACCAUUCCGGAUAGUCGCUACGAGAACAACGCGACGGACGUCACAGUGGUGUUUGAGAGUUCCUACCAGGAUUUUCACUCGGAGAAACACAGUCUGAAUGCCAUGGCUUCGAAUCGCACAGCAUAUGCGUAUAUGCUGCACUCGGUACCUGACAGUCUCAGCAACAGCACGUUGCGCAGUUUUGUCAACCAGAUGAGCCGAAAGGCCGAGUAUCUGUUCCUGACCACGUUGACGGAAGACUACUACGAGAGUUUCGAUCCGGAGGUGCCAACUUCCCACCUCUUCCACCUCUAUUCCCCAUCCAGCUUGAUUCCGAUGGCUACCACCACCACCACCACCACCACCAUGACGCUUCCCAAGUCCGGCGUGCUCGUGCCCUUGUAUAUCUAUCCCUUAACUCCGACCACCUGGGAUCCACUUUAUAACGCAAUCGCUGCCUAUCCCGACCUCGAGUUCCUGGUGAUCGUCAACCCCAACAGUGGACCCGGUGCCUUGCCGUGCCCCGAUGCCAACUAUGCGCGCGAAGUGGCCCGCCUGAAUGCCUGCCCUAAUGUCUAUCCCGUCGGCUAUAUCCGCAUCGACUAUUGCCGAAAGCCAUUGGCCGUCGCCUGUGAGGAGAUCGAUCGCUAUGCCAGCUGGGCCGCCGAAUAUGCCACUACCGGCUUAGGCGUGGGUGGCAUCAUGGUCGAUGAGACUCCCAACCACUUCAAUGCCGCUCAGGCCGAGUAUUUGCGCGCGCUUCAUAGUCACAUCAAGGCUUGCUCGGGCCUUCUCCGCGACCGAUUGGUGGUACACAAUCCAGGCACCCCCCCGGAUCCCGAGAUGGCCGAUGCAGGCUCAGAUCUCCUGUUGGUCUGUGAGGAGCCUUUUGCACGCUGGCAAACCAAUGAGGUGCAGCAUCGUCUAGGCGAGCUUCCAUAUCCUCGCGAUCGCUGCGGCUACAUGGUCACGGAAGUCCCGAACCAUCAUAUUCCCGCCCUGGUGCGCGAUCUGCGUCGUCGUGCCGCCUACAUAUUUGUCACCGAAAUCGUAGGCGAUUUCUACGAGCGCUUCGGUCCCUCCAGCUGGGGCAUGUUGAUGGAGACUUUGUCGGAAAGGGUACAGUAG